GCACCUGUCUGGCCCGGCUGGACGGGACCGGAGGGAAACGGAACAUCACCAGGAAGAGGUAGAGGGAGGCCGUAAGUACCGUGGACCAAACGGCGCUUCUGGUUCCCAGCAGAACCACGACGAAGACCGCCGAGAAUAGCAUAAUGUCAGCACGUUUAUGCAUCACUCGGUUUCCUGUGUAUGGAUGUAGAUGUCAACAUGCAGUAUUCAACCGCCUCAGUUCACACACUCACGCGCACCGGCUGCCCCCCGUCACAUUCACGCGCACAGUGCAAAUCCAACCUGUCGCAUUUUGUUCUGAUCUGGCAUCAAGGAAAUUCAAUCUAAUCUAUGCGUUUCCACCAAUAAAGGGAUUGCGGGCCCUGUCAAGACUCAAACUGAUGCAGACGAGCAUUACUGUCAUUUUACUGCCCGCUGUUUAUUACCUUUACCUGCAGGGAGACGCUUCAGUAACCCUACUGACUUACACAACAUGCAUAGCUGGGUUUGCCGGUGUUAUGCUUUACUCAAUAAGCCACUAUGUUAGGAGAGUGGUUGGCAUGAUGUAUCUGGAUUCAACGCAGACCAUCUUAAAGGUGUCACACCUGACCUUCUGGGGUCACAGGAGGGACAUAUAUGUGCCCGUGUCUGAUGUGAUGACUUUAGGAGAUACUGGUGAUACCAAAGGAGAAGCCAUUCUUCGCAUGAAGCGCUACAGCAGUUCUGAUACCAUGUUUUUCUCCACGAGACUGGGGCGAGUGGUGGAUAAAGACGCUUUUGGGAAGGUUUUCGGGAGUUUGUCGUGA